UGCAUGCUCAACACAACACGCGGGACGGAACUUCGUCUCUGCGAGCAGUGUUUCGCUUUUUCUUCCACUAGAAUAUUCCGUGAGGAUGUCGCUCGUGGGAAAACACGGUAAAGAGCGAGAGAGGAAGAAUCUCAACCUUGAGCUUUUUUUUUCUUCGCCAACAUCAACAUCAUCAGUCUCAGCUUCUGCUGUCCAGUCCUGGUCCUCCCAAAACCUUCCGCCAGACUUUUCAGACGGAUGUUGGCUACAGUUUCCCUUUGAAGUCUGCCCAGGACGCGCACUAGGUCCUGUCUUCCACUAACCCCACCUGUCCUCCGUCCAUCAGCCAACGUCCGCAACACCGCUCAUAUAGGCACAGGUGUUUCGUGGUGCUCAAUACGUACUGCGGACGUGGGACGUGUAUUCUGAACGACCUCUGUUGACAAAAUAAAGAGACGAGUCAGUGCGAACAAGCGAGACAAAAUGGAAAACAACGUACGUUCUGUCUUGCGUGCUUCGAGUCUUCCUCAUCGGCUCUACCGCAUCUGUGCCACACAAUCAUGGUUGCUACGUACGUUCGCCGUCAUAUUCAUUUCCCUUCACUGUGGCAGAACCCUAUACGAACCCUACUGGGAGAUCUGACCACCGGCUCUAUUCCUAGCAGGAGCCUUGGCAGAUGUCCCAAAAUCUUUUAAGCAACAACCUGUUGAGGACUCCAGCAGUGGUCCUCCGAAAAAGGAGACCCACUGAGUCAACCACCUGUUUAUUUUGAGAUCGGGGAAAGGGUUUAAAAGGGUUUCUGCGUCGCACUACGAAGCAGAAGACACUUGUUGAAUGCAGGAGGCCCUUUGCAGACAAGGUACGCUGUAGCUUACGAAGUGUUCGUGCGGAACCUGAAUGGCCGCGUCUGGGACCACAGUGUUAAAGCAUCACUUUGGAAACCAGGACUUGAGACCACCAGCGUCGCGGGACCUGCAACGGCCGCGCGCCAAGUUGACCCGUUCUAAAGCAAUCACCACUAUGCACUUGGACUUCUUACCUUCUUCGGACUGUGAUAGUGAAGGUGAAUGUUCAGGUGUCGCUUCGGCGACGAACUACUUCUGUGACCCAAACAACUACUUCGCUCCGUCCUCAUUCUCCGACGGCUCCCCGUGCGGCCUGUCUUCUCCGGGCGAGCAACACGCCGGCUCCAACUGCCUGCAAACCUUUCCAGAAGACCUGUUCCGGCUCCCCUUGUCUGCCAGAGACAUCGAGAGGCGUCCCACGGACGAUUACGAAAGAGACUUGAGUGUACUGGGAAUAUACCUGCAACAACAGGACCUUCAACGAGAAGACUACGCAUCGAGCACGAUAUCGUCCACGCAGCGUCCCGUUGAAGAAGAUUCUCCCCUUGCCGAGCUGUUUGCUGCGGACGAACAGAACCGUCUUGCGAUGGCACCGGAUGUAGGUUCGAGCUGCUCCGACCUGUCGGCCCUUACGGGGUCGUCGCCGACGUUAUCGAACUUCGCCAGUAACAGGUCGUCUGCCCGGUCUUCCUUUACAAGCCGCGGAUGCCGGAGGAAGAGGUCUUUAUCGAUAUCGCCAUCUUCGUCUGACGGAUUUGAUAUCAAUACGAUCAUUCGAAGUUCGCCAACGUCCUUAGUUGCGUACCUCAGCGGAUCGAGGUGUUCGUCUUCGAGUAGCAUCUCGUCCUGCCCCGGUGCAUAUGGCCAUCUCUCAGCUCGUCCAAGCAGCAUUGGAAGCCCUAGAUCAGGAACGAUGGGACAUAAGCUUAGCUCCGUGUAUUCCCCCACGUUCUUGAAGUCUCUCGCAGACUGUGCCGCCGUCGACAGUAACACGGUGACGCUGGAAGCGAUACGCGAAGUGGAGCAAGUAGCCAUGCGAGAAGACAUCACGGACUUCUUCGAUACACACGGCAACUUGGCCGUCGUGGAACAACCGCAAGUCAAACAGGAAGAACUCUUUCAAGCUGAAGAGGAACUCGAGGAAGAUCGCCUGCUAACAGCCCUUGACCUUCCGAAGCUCCCGCCAUCUUACGACCAGCACAUGGCUCGUAAGACCUGCUUCCAGAAGACGCACUCUUCCGACAGUCAGCCUUCGAAUUACUCCAGCUUCGAAAGCACGAGCUCUGCCGACGGCGUUGGAGAACUUGCCGAAGUCGACUCGACGACACCCGAGUCGACGCGGUCGUACGAUUGCCAGUGGAUCGACUGCAAGGGUCUGUUCACGGAUCAGGACAGCCUCGUGCGACACAUUGAGAAGUGCCAUAUUGAUCAACGUGUCGGGGACGACUACACGUGUUUCUGGCAGGGCUGUCCGCGUCGUCAUAAGCCUUUUAAUGCGAGAUACAAGUUGCUCAUUCACAUGAGGGUUCACUCGGGAGAGAAGCCCAACAGGUGUACGUUCGAAGGCUGCACAAAAGCAUUUUCGAGGCUGGAAAACCUCAAGAUCCAUCUCCGAUCUCACACUGGAGAGCGCCCUUACUCCUGUCAGUUCCCCGGAUGUCCGAAAGCGUUCAGCAACUCUUCGGAUCGAGCCAAACAUCAAAGGACGCACCAGGACACGAAGCCGUACGCGUGCCAAGUUCCCGGCUGCUCGAAGCGCUACACGGACCCGAGCUCAUUGCGGAAACAUUACAAGAAUCACACAGCCAAGGACGACAGUGCCAGGAAAAAGAUUCGCAGCGAGAAUGAGUCGGAAGCGGUGGCCAUCAAUGACUGCUUGGACGUGCCACCAGCCUCAAGAGGAGAUCGACCAAAGCUGGAGCAUGCAGACAGCGGCAUCGGAAGAUCGCCAGGCGGAAGCUCCGUCAACGAAUCUUGUUACGCAGGUCCUGGAUACCCUUACACACAUCUGAGCACCAGCGACAACGAGCUCAGUUGUCAAUCUUCGCCGAGCACACCGUAUGAUCCCAUUUCUGGAGCUGCAGAUGACAUGCUUCAACCGGGACAUCCCAUUCCCCAACUAAGACGCAGUCCCUCAGCCAACUGUGCCAGAAGUCCCACGCAGAGCUUUAUCUUAGAGGUUCCUUGCUCGGAUACCAUGUCUCUUCACAGCUUUGGCUCUUCGCCCUCUCCGAUGGAUCGGGAGGGACAAGUAUCUGAGGUGCAAAUAGACGGCGACCUGGAGCCACUGAUGACGCUGAGCAUGUCGGACUUGAUGAUGCUGAAUGGCCUCGGGGACUCCAUCAGCUCCAGAGAGGAUUCUGCCGACGAAGCCGUGCCGCACGCAGAGCAUGAGCAAGCGACCAACAACUACAAACCUCUACCACCGUUCGAUGCCUUCUACGCUAGCCUGGACGAUUUGACACAUUUUGGAGGAGUGUCUUGAAACACCGGUCUACCAUAAGAAGCGGUAUAAUGUUGUGUAGACCCAAAGACAGGACACAGCACCCCCGAAGAGGACUCCGGUGCCCUCAUGAACCACAGAUGGACGUCGUCCUGUGACGGUGCUGGUGUUGAUAACAACGCGUUCACACGAAGCCCUUAAGUUCACAGACUGUUAGUGGUUGGGAAGACGCUGCAACGAACAGUGCUGAACAGUGCUGAACAGUGCCGUUCGUGUGCCCUCUCAGUAUACUGUCCUGCAGUUCCAGGCGCGGACACUGCGAUGUCACCCUUAUUUAUAGCUUCCUUUCCUCACUUAUUUUUAUAUGCUCACCGAGAGUUUAUUGACCUGGUCUUCAGCAGUAGCUACUGUGCUACGGACCCAACAUGAUGUUGUAACAAAUAAAUUGUAUUUUAUGAUG